AUGCAUCAUCGUCGAAGCCCAAGUGAUUCAAAAUCUACAGCUAAUUCUAAUAAUUCAUUUUCAUCAUUACCAAUAAAAAAUCGAACCCAAUCAACAUCAUCUUUACUUUCAUCAACAACAAAUCCAGUUAGUAUUGAUUCAAUGCGUGAAAAAAUUACAUUAAAUAAAAUAACAAGAAUAUCGAAUGAUACAGUACCUGAUAAUGAAACUGAAGUCAUAAAUCGAGAAACUCCUAUUAUUUAUCUUGAUAAUCAUUUAACAUAUUGUUUCUAUAUUAAUCUACAAAAUUUAAUACAUGUUAAUGCUAUUCAUAUACUUUUAUAUCAUGCUGUUUUUUGGUUAAAUCCAAAUCAAACACAAGAAAAUCAAUCUCAAUUUAGUAAAAAUAUUGAAAAAACUGAAUAUGAACAAACAUUAUUUAUUACAUUAUCAAAUGAACAUGAUGGUAUUAUUCGUUCACCAAUAAAUAUUCAUUUAAUAAAUAAAUAUAUUUAUAUAACAUUAAUUAGUGUUAGUUUAAUUGAAUUACUUACAGCAUAUUUAUGGACAUUACAAAAGAAAGUUUUUCUUCAUGUUUAUAAAAAUUUAAAAUAUCGUAAUUUAUUAUGUUUAAUAUUAUUUGGAAUAAUUAUUAUUCUCUAUCUUAUUUUUAUUGCUUGGCUUUAUUUUCAUACAUUUAUUACACAUUAUUUAACAUUAUCAAUAUUUUGUAUUGUUAUUAUUCAUUUUAUUAUUUUAAUUGUUCUUGAUAAACCAAAUUUAUUUCGUCGUUCUUCAGUUAAUUUAUUCAAAGAUUUAUAUUCAAUAUCGAAUAUUAAUCGUAAACAAUAUCGUCCAUAUAAUUCAUCGUUUUUAACUUCGACGAUAUUAAAUCGCUCAUCUUAUCGUUCAUCAUUGACUAUGCAAUCUCGAAAAGUAAAUUCAUUAUUUUCAUCAUUUAUAUUUUCAUCUCGCUGGUUAUCAAUAACAGAAGAAAAAUUAAAUGAACAUAAAUGUUCCUUACAUUAUUCACAAAUAAGACAAGAAGCUAAUGAUCUUUGGUUAAUGGUUAUACGACGAAUAGUACUUAGUUGUUAUCGAACAUUUGCUUCAUUUAUUCUUUUCGAUUUUAUUCCAUUUAAAAUAAUGGAUGCUGAUGUACGUUCUGUGGAUUAUGAACGAUAUAUAAUGUUAAUAUUGAUCUGUGCAUUAACUACAUUUCUUACCCAUAUUAUAUUUCUUUUUCCUGUUAAAUUUCAAACAAAUCUUUAUCAUCUAGCAUCUCAUCUUGGUCAAUGGCGCUUACAAACAUUUCUUCGAACAGAUACAAUCAAUGAAUGGUCAUCAGAAUGUAAUUCAUAUAUACGUGGUCAUACUAUUAGAUUAUCUUCAAAUAAUGAGAAAUAUUUUGUUGCCGAACAUCCUUUAAGUAAUGCUGCACAUCCACAAUCAAUUUCACAUAGUAUUCUAUAUCGAUUAUUUGGUAAUACACGAUGUUUUUUAACAAUACAAUUUCUUAUUUUUAUAAUUCUUAUUGUUUGUCAAUUUCUAUGGAUUCUACACGGAAAAUUUUGGUAUGAAAUCUUAAUUAGUAUUUUGAUUAUAUUAAAUAGUUCAUAUACAAUAUUUAAAAUAAUACGUAAUCGUCUUAUAUUCAAUAUGAUCAAUGACAAUGAAUGUGAUGAAAUCAUAUUAUCAACAAAAUCAAAAAAAUCAAAUUAA